AUGUCCAAGCGACCCGCGCUGGAGCCUCUCGAACAAGUCUACGACGCGCCGUCGCCGGCACCAAAGCGCGCCAGGGUCGAGGAUGAAGACAUGGAAAGCCCCCAGGCCAAUGGCGCGACCAGCAACGGCCGCCCCAUGUCUCCGCGCCAGCGCGACCGGGGGCAAGUAGCCGUCGCAGGCGCACACCAGGAGGAGCAUGCGGAGCUGGACGAAGACGACAACGAGCCCGCCGUCGCUGCGCCGAGACGCCAGACCGCCCCAGAGGCUGGAUACACCGACCUGUACCUGGACACGAUCAAUCGCAAAGUCCUCGACUUCGACUUUGAGAAGCUGUGCUCCGUCACUCUGUCCAACAUCAACGUCUACGCCUGCCUCGUAUGCGGCAAAUACUACCAAGGUCGCGGCCCAAAGUCACAAGCUUACUUCCAUGCUCUGGAAGAGGGACACCACGUAUACGUCAACAUGGAGACGAAGAAGGUCUACGUGCUCCCCGAAGGCUACGAAGUCACGUCCAAGUCGUUGGAUGACAUCAAAUUCGUCGUGGAUCCGCGCAUGACCAAGGACGAGGUCGCGAAGCUGGACAGGGAGCCCAAAGUGUCGUGGGACCUCUCAAAUCGAGAGUAUAUACCUGGCUUCGUCGGCAUGAACAACAUCAAAGCGAACGACUACUUCAACGUUGUCGUGCAAGCUCUCUCCCACGUGGUCCCCUUGCGGAAUUAUUUCAUGUUGGAAGACCUGUCGAGUCGGCCGCAGCUCGCGCAGCGCUUCAGCACGCUUGUCCGCAAGAUCUGGAACCCGCGGGCGUUCAAGACCCACGUCUCGCCCCACGAACUGCUCCAAGAGAUUGCGUUGCGGUCCUCAAAACGGUACACGCUCUCUGAUCAGUCUGACCCCGUCGACUUCCUCUCGUGGUUUCUCAACAACCUCCAUCUGGCCGUUGGCGGCUCGCGAACAAAACCCAACAGCAGCAUAAUCCAGAAGGUAUUUCAAGGCACGCUGAAGAUCGAGCAGCAAGAAAUCACCGCUCGUGCAGAUGCCGGCGACCGUCUCCGUUUUGAGGAUGCAGCCGUGCAGACCGAGAUAUCGCGCUUCCUCGUGCUAACCCUCGACCUGCCCGCAGCCCCUCUCUUCCAAGACGCACUCGAGAAGAACAUCAUCCCGCAAGUCCCCCUCGUCAACAUCCUCUCAAAAUACAACGGUGUCACGCCGCAAGAAAAGUCCAAGAACCGGGUUCGCUACCGCCUCCUCCACCCCUUACCGCCGUACCUCCUCUUCAACAUCAAGCGCUUCUCCAAGAACAAGUUCGUCUCGGAGCGCAACCCAACUAUCGUCACCUUUCCCGUUCACUCCCUCGACAUGUCGCCCUACGUCGAGCCGAACCCCAAAGAAUACCCACCCGGCGAGCCCAUCUGGUAUGAUCUCGUAGCCAACAUCACCCAUGAGGCUGUCAAGAAGAAGGACGACAGUGUCGAGGGUGAGCAAGAGAGCAAGGUGUGGAGAGUGCAGGUCAAAGACCGAGCGAGAGAGGAGUGGUACGGCAUUCAAGAUUUGUACGUCGAGAAGGAGAGGGGUGAGACGCUGUUUACCAAGGAAGCAUACCUAAUGGUCUGGGAGAGGAGAAGAGGGCAGAAACCAAAGGCAAGGUAG